AUGCCAGCUCUCCUGUUCGCCUCCAGGCAAACAGUGUCCGUUGGCUGGCAACACGGGCCAAAGUCUUUGCGCUUCUCUGGACCUCCAGCAGACCUCGACACGCAGAGACUGGCCGGGGAAUUUCGCAAAAUCUACCCAAAUGGGAAAUGGGGCUCGUUGAGGAGUUGCCGGCCAGCCAGCCAGCCAGCAGCCCUGCAUGCACCCUGCAGAACACGCGCCAGGCCAGUCGACGACAUCAUCAACGAUCAAUCCGACAGCUCCUCCGAGUCCAACUCCUCUUUCAUGGCGAGCAGAGGAGUGUACGAUAGCGACUGUCAAUCGACACCCCCCAUCGGACUCGAAAAAGCACCAGAUCAUCCUGAAACCAUCCGGCACCCAGGGACAUGGAAGCGGAUCACUGUCCUGUGGCUUCGCUCCGCCGGGAUGCCGGCUUCUGUUCCAAGAACCGCGCUAGAAUCACUGGAACCUCAAGCAUUGCACACGUCACUGGCCGCACCGCAGCCUGACCACAGCGAAAUUCAAAGCAUCCCAAGGGUGGUAGAGAGUUGGCCCAACGCUAAGCGCCAAGCCCUGCCUAAGGCACUGAGACCCUGGCUUCACUUGGCCUAG